AUGCAGUGCCAAGGAGCUACGAGUGAAUCAAGAGAAAGUCAGACAUAUCGUGAAUUGAAGUUGAAGCUGAUUAUGCCAGCACGUUCCUGCGACUUCGGUCAGCAUGCCGAUAUUAUCAUGUCAUCCAAGGCGGAAUUCGAAGCCUGGCACUCCCAUAGGCAGCCUCGGAGUUUGCUACAAAUCAGCUUGGGCGGCCUCAGUUUUUUGCCAUGGGUUAGCAUGUCCCGCUGCAAUCAGACGAGCGAACUGCUGUGGUGCUGGGUGCCUAUGCUGCUAUGCAGCUUGAGCUAUGAGCCAUACCAGGCAUGGAACGGUUCGCAUGUCGCUGCCUUGUGCUCGCCUAGCGCAGAUCCCGCAUUGCCCGAUGCUGACCUCGCAUCGUUCCAUGUCUCUGCUCUUUCUGAUGUCGAGCGUGUGGUCGCGGGUGUGAGAAAAGGCAUACUCGUGGUAGGCAAUCUUGCCUAUAUGCACAUGACGACCAUUAUCGGCUUUGGCCACUGGAAUCACGAUGAAUUGUCAUCUGGUGGGCACGUUCGUGUUGUCGGAGAUCAGCAAGAUGGCGGCUUGGCACUCAAAGUUGUUAUCCUUGUUAUUCUCAACUAG